AUGGAUUCAGAAUUUGUGGUCAAAUAUCACAACUCAUGGCUUGAGUCCAAUCAUCUCUAUAUUCAGAUGGAAUUCUGUCCGCAAAGUCUUAAAUCUCUUCUCACAGACAAAGCCAUUGUCUUCGAGAGACAAACCGAAGACUUGAUGAAUAUCUUUGAGUAUUUCAUUGCGUGUGAGAUAUUCAAAGAGAUCUUAGAAUGUGUUGAAUAUCUUCACUCAUCGGAUCCACCGGUCAUUCAUCGGGAUCUCAAACCGGAAAACAUAUUAAUUGAUCCUAACUUUAGAUUCAAGCGAUUCGUAAAACUGUGUGACUUUGGUUUAGCCACUGAUCACAACACCAAUAAACACACCGCCAGCCGAUACGAGCAUUCAGUUUGUGGUGCGUUGGGAUAUAUGGCACCCGAAGUACUUUUGGGCAAACAAUAUGACCACAAAUCAGACAUUUAUAGCCUCUAUAUUAUAGGCGAAGAGCUGUUUGGUAUCGAUCUUCAGGCUUCGCAAACAUUUGAAACAAAUGAAUCGUUGGUCACGACAGCCAUACUAUGUAUGUGUCGUACGCUUCAGAAAAUGAUGGCAAUUGUGUGGAGACAAAGGCCUGAGUGUCGGGAAGUGUUGGCCAAACAUAACGAGUGGUCUAUCGAUAAGACU